UCCGCCGGUCGUCCAAUCCGCUUAGGUCGCCGAGCACGCAACGGACCAUAAUGGAAAAAGUUUAAUCUGUUCGAUAGUCGUGUAAGUCGCUUUGCUAACAAUCGGUUUGCUUGUCUUAGGCUUGAGGCUAAAUUGGACGUUUUUAAUGAACAUGGCGAACGCAGUUUUAAGGCAAAAGACAAUCAGAACUGUGCUGAUUUGGUGUUUGUUGGAACUGGUGGUUCGAUUUGUGCAUUGUGAUGAAGACUUCCGAAUGGUCAACCAAUAUGAAGAGUUGGGGAAAAACGAUAACUAUUCACGUGUAAGCUAUUAUGUUGCUAGUGAGCGAAGUUCUGUAGAAUGUGGAGGAGUUUUCAAAAGACUACAAAAUGAGAUAAUGUCUCCUGGAUACCCGGAUCAAUACGGAGAAGAGCUGCGUUGUGAAUACACUUUCAAAUCGCCGUUUGUGUGCAGCAGCCAGUACCAUUUUCAGUUUUUGGAUUUCGCAUUGGAACCGUCGAGAAAUUGCUACAAAGAUCGUUUGGUGAUUGGAGAUGAAGAGAUCCUUUGCGGGACCGUGCUUGGUUCGAAGACUUACAAUUCAACAGACGGAAUUCUGAAGAUCAAAUUUGUGACGGAUGGGUGGGGUAGUGAUAGAGGAUUUCGGCUGGUCGUAACUAGACAGCCUUGUGAAGAUAAUGAAGCCACAGAAACGUCUACGAGUUAUACUGUUUACACCACAAUUGAAGUGGCUGAAGAAACGACGGAUCCAGCAGUCACCGAAGAAAACGGGUAUCCUACGAUCAAUGGAACGUUUUCCGUUAGCAGUCGCCAGGAUAUUCCACCUGAGUUCAGUCCAGGUGGAAAUGGAUAUCUACCCCCGUCUGGAAACACCGUACCUCCUUAUUAUCCCCCUACAAAUGUAUGUCCUCCGGCUUGCAAUCCGUACCCGAAUUGUUAUCCGUAUAAUCCAGGAACUAACUAUCCCUCAUAUCCAAUUCCUAUUCCAAUGACUCCAAGUUACCCUAACUAUCCAGGUAAUAGCUAUCCUGUAUAUCCAAAUUCCCCUUCAUAUCCCAAUAACCCCCCGACGUAUCCUCCGAGUUAUCCCAACUAUCCAAACAAUCCAACGUAUCCUGGAGCUGGAACUCCCAUCUACCCCAACCCCAAUUGCCAAUACACUCCCUGUACUUCAGUUAACCCAACCAAUCCUAACCCAUCCUAUCCCAGUUAUCCAACCUAUCCUCCAAAUAGUGGAGGCGGUACAAAUUCCAUUGGCGGCGCACCUCCUGGAUAUCAACCUAGCGUUUUAGAUCCAGAAAUAGAGCUGGCGGAGAAUACGUCCUCCAGUAAACCACAGCGCCAGGAUAUCCCAGUGCCACCAUUCUUGCCCCCGAUCCUUCCCGGACUUCCCCAAUGCUGCCGCAACGUGUUCAACCAGAAGCGAUUCUAUCUGGUCAGCCCCAAUUUCCCCAGUUACGAAACAUUCAACCGCGAUUGUGCCUACCAAAUCUACCGGUUUUCACCAAACACCUGCCGACUGGUCAUCAGCUUCAAAUACUUCCUACUUGGUGAUGAUCGAUUGAACUGUGCCGACGCUUUCCUAGAAAUCGACGGUCGUCGCAUCUGCGGUUGCCGUUCCGGAAUGGUGUACACUACGCAGUGGAGCAAUGUACCGAAAAUCAUCCGAGUUCGAACUGUUCGCAAUCGCUUCCCAAACGUUCAAGGCUUCGUACUGGACAUCUUCCAGGAAAGUUGUCCUUAUCGAUUAGUCCGAAGUCAACCUGCGCUUCUGGAUCGUUCCGACAACUUCCACGCUCAGCAAUUGGCCCCGUUGAACGUCACCACCGUUCAAACCAAUUCCAGUACAACCUACAGCUACUAUUUUUACAACAUGGAUCAGCCGGCAAAACUGGGCGAAACCAAGGCAGCAACCACCGCAAAGGGUUAUCCGGAGGGACCUUCGUCAAAGUUCUUCUACCCAUCGACCGUUCAACCGUACGCGGCAUGUCAGUUCAACGCACUGGAUUGGCUUAGGCUAAAGGUGGAAUCGCUUUGGGUCGUAAAGCCCCGAUGCUAUUAGGGUAGGUAUUCUCGAAACUCAAUGGUAACACAAGUAAUAUUAGUAGAUGACAACAGUUUAUUCAGUUAAAAUUUGCUUCCGAGUGCUUUGUUCAACUGUUGUUUCAUUAAAAUGUUAAUGUAAGUGUUGUGUAUAUAUAGAAAAUAAACGUAU